AAAGUGGAGUGAUGCGCUCUCUGGAGUGACCUCCGUUCUCCAACACAGGAGAAAACCCAGGUCUUUUGCUUGUGAAGUGGCUGGGGCUCUUGGGCGCGAGGCAUUAUUAUAUAAAUUCAGGCUCGCUCCUGAUCCUUAGUACCCUGAGUUGCCUGAAGGGGGGAAUGGCACUGCCUGCGUUUGCAGCCCGGGCGCUCGGGCCGCCACUGCAACCGGAGCAAGGAGCGCCCGCCCGCACCACCUGUCCCCGCCGGCAUUCCAGAGUAGAGGCCGAAUUGGCAGCAAGCCGGCCCGGGUCUGUUGCCGCCUCAGUCCGCGCCGGCCCUCCUAGGGGUGUGUCUCUCGGAUUCAACUCCCCGCCGCUCCAGGACAAGCCCCCAAAGGCAUUUUCUUCCUUGGCGGGAGCCUUGCGCGCCCCGCUCUUCGCGCUGCUGCCUCGAGGCCGCCGCAGGCGGAUGCACGACCUCAGGCGACGCUGGGACCUGGGCUCCCUCUGCCGGGCCCUGCUCACUCGGGGCCUGGCAGCCGUGGGCCACUCGCUCAAGCACGUGCUCAGUGCGAUCUUCUCCAAGAUUUUCGGUCCCUUGGCCAGCGUCGGGAACAUGGAUGAGAAAUCUAACAAGCUGCUGCUGGCUUUGGUGAUGCUCUUCCUAUUUGCGGUGAUCGUCCUCCAAUACGUGUGCCCCGGCACAGAAUGCCAGCUCCUCCGCCUGCAGGCGUUCAGCUCCCCGGUGCCGGAUCCGUACCGCUCGGAGGAUGAGAGUUCGGCCAGGUUUGUACCCCGCUACAAUUUCAGCCGCGGCGAUCUCCUGCGCAAGGUAGACUUCGACAUCAAGGGCGAUGACCUGAUCGUGUUCCUGCACAUCCAGAAGACUGGGGGCACCACUUUUGGCCGUCACCUGGUGCGCAACAUCCAGCUGGAGCAGCCAUGUGAGUGCCGCGUGGGGCAGAAGAAAUGCACUUGCCACCGGCCGGGUAAGAGGGAGACCUGGCUCUUCUCCAGGUUCUCCACCGGCUGGAGCUGCGGGCUGCAUGCCGACUGGACCGAGCUCACCAGCUGCGUGCCGGCGGUGGUGGAUGGCAAGCGCGACGCCAGGCUGAGACCUUCCAGGUGGAGGAUUUUUCAGAUUCUAGAUGGAACAAGUAAGGAUAGAUGGGGUUCUUCAAACUUCAACUCAGGCGCCAACUCUCCAUCCUCCACAAAGCCCCGGAGCACAUCGAAGAGUGGGAAGAACUUCCAUUACAUUACCAUCCUGAGAGACCCAGUGUCACGGUACUUGAGUGAAUGGAGGCAUGUCCAGAGAGGAGCAACUUGGAAAGCAUCCCUGCACGUCUGUGAUGGAAGGCCCCCAACCUCUGAAGAGCUGCCCAGCUGCUACACCGGUGAUGACUGGUCUGGAUGCCCUCUCAAAGAGUUCAUGGACUGUCCCUAUAAUCUGGCCAACAACCGCCAAGUUCGCAUGCUAUCUGACCUGACUCUAGUGGGAUGCUACAACCUCUCUGUCAUGCCUGAAAAGCAAAGAAACAAAGUCCUUCUGGAAAGUGCCAAAUCCAAUCUGAAGCACAUGGCGUUCUUUGGCCUCACUGAGUUUCAGCGCAAGACCCAGUACCUGUUUGAGAAGACCUUCAACAUGAACUUUAUCUCGCCGUUUACCCAGUAUAAUACCACUAGGGCCUCUAGUGUUGAGAUCAAUGAGGAAAUCCAAAAGCGUAUUGAGGGACUGAAUUUUCUGGAUAUGGAGUUGUACAGCUAUGCUAAAGACCUCUUUCUGCAAAGGUAUCAGUUCAUGAGGCAGAAAGAACAUCAGGAUGCCAGGCGGAAGCGUCAGGAGCAACGCAAAUUUCUGAAGGGAAGGUUCCUUCAGACCCAUUUCCAGAGUCAGAGUCAGGGUCAGAGCCAGAGCCAGAGUCCAGGUCAGAAUCUGAGUCAGAAUCCAAAUCCUAACCCAAAUCAGAACCUGACUCAGAACCUGAGUCACAAUCUGACUCCGAGUUCAAAUCCCAAUUCGACCCAGAGGGAGAACCGGGGAAGUCAGAAGCAGGGCUCAGGCCAGGGACAAGGUGAUAGCGGCACCAGCAAUGGCACCAAUGACUACAUAGGGAGCGUAGAGACAUGGCGCUAACUGGCACUCAAAGGCUUGUGCACACUGCUUCCCAAAGCAUCACCAAAAAGAUGGCGUGUAUCUUACAAGAUGAAAAUGUCCAAACACAUCCUGCUUCCUUCAUUUGGGAAGUUCAAAAAAAAAAAGUGUAGACGUUGCCUUUACAGUUGCCUUUUGAUUCAGUGUUAUGCUGUGUGUGGGUACAACAAAUCUCAGUGUGUAAUUAAAUUGUCUGUUUUGGGAUGAACUACUUCUGAAAUCCAAGAGCCAAACCAGACUCACCAGAAAUUGCAGCUUAGAUAUUUUAAGACGUUCUUAAAUUAGGUAUGGGAGACACAAAGAAAACAUGAAAUGUGGCCGUUUAAACUUAUGGCUAAGAAACAGACUUUAAGUGAUUCCGGAUACUCUGUUAAAACUCAGUCUUGAAAGCACCCCCCCUCCCUGCAGGGAAGUAUAAGUAAAAACAUGAACAGAACUAAAAGACACUCAAAACUGUUCAUUUCCUUGUUUUAACAAGGAGCCUAUUUAAACAGAAAAACAACUGAUGAUAAAUUUUGCCAAACUGUAGAAAAUAAACAAUUUCUCACUUAAAUGUAGCUGGGUUUAUGUAAAAAUAAUGGCUUUUCAAAUAGAUCGGGAUUCGUGUCUUGUAACUUAACAGAUGUUUAAAAUUUAGAAUUUUUCUACCUUCUGCUGAUUAAAAGGUUUUAAACAGGGUAUAUCUCAUAUUAACAAAGCAUUUUUUCCAAAUGGAAUACCAAUGGAAAGAUCCAGUUUCCAGAUGGUUUCUGGGCACUGUAAUUCCAACAAUUUCGAUCUUUUUGGCGCUGCUUCUCAUUCACUUUAAGGCUUCUCCGAGUUGUGCUCAUUCCAAAUGAAUCCAUGUAUAGAAUUUUUCUUCUUCAUCUAAACAACGUGUUGCUAAAUCUCUUGUGCUAUUUAAUCCUGGACUAAAGUCAGGACUUUCUAUAGAAUUGUCUUAUCAAUGUCUGUGUAGUAAGGUCCUUAAGAAGAACUCUCAAACAGAAUAAUUUGUCUCUUAAUAUUGCUGAAGUUAUUAUUCUUCAUCAGAUUGAACUAAACCUGAAUGUGAACUGUUAAUUAUCUUGUUUAUUGUAAUGUUUCCAGUUUGGCUGGCUAUUUCUGGCCCAUGGUUCUUUUCUUGUAUUGACAGAUUUGUACACAAUAAUAAGAGCAAAAAAUUUUCUCAAAGACAACAGUAGACUAAUCAUUAAGAUAGCCAGAGUUGCUCAAUAACACCAAAAGCUGCCUCUUGAUAAUUGAGGGGAACACUUCUACCAGGAUUUUGUUUGUGAAAGAUCAAAAAUAAAGAAUGUUUUGCAGCGAAGCUAAGUGUCAGGGACGUGCAAGUAGAGGAGAAUAGUUUGAUAGUCUGCAUCUGUGAAGAGUAUUUUGAUGGUUUCAAUUACAAAUGGAACAAAGGAAGAAUUAUAUACACACUGUGUUGUGAAAUAUCAUACUGCUUGGCAGUUUACACCUCAUGGUUGUUGCUACACUUCUAUAAGAGCUUACAUUAAUCCCUUGGCUUUCAAUCAAAACAAGGUGACCAGAAGUGGUAUUCAUGCUUUCAAGAGGGACAUGCUUAGAAAUAUGAUCAUAAAGUCACAUCUGUCAUAGUCUGCCCAAGUGCAUGACCUGGUUUCAUCUGUAAUAAUAUGGCCACAAGUUUGGCAAGAAGUUGAGUAUCUGGCUCUAAAGAGAUUUUCUUGACUCUGAGCUCUGUGACAAUAUUUGCAGCUUUUGUUUUGUGGUAUUUGCAGUGUUGAGAAUGAUGAUACCUAAAAAAAAAUCAAAAAACAAAAACAAAAAAAUGAAGAAAAAACAAAAACAAACAAAAAAAAACUGGAAGGAAUUUUUAAAAGCACAUCUUGAAGUCAAAGUAUUUGGUGUACAUUGUGUUCUUGAAAACUUCUGUAGAUCACUAUGGUAUUUCAGUAAUUUUAGUUUUAAUUGAAAAUGAUUGUUCUUAAAACUGACAGUGUUGGAAAGCAGGACGAAGUCUGAGCCAGUGGAAAAGCUCAUUACAGAAAAAAAAAAGUGUUAUUGCUGUGGUGUGCAUGGUUUGCAGAGAUUAAGUGCAUUUUCUCUGUCUCUACUGAUUAUUGUAUAUAGAGAAUGUUAUAAAUAUACAUUUUUGUCAUCAUCAUGUAAAUCCCACGAUUUCAAACUGUAAACAUCUGUUCAGUGGUGUAGCUUUACAAACUGUUCACUGAUUUUGUGUAAUUUAUCAAUAGAUGUGAAAUAAAGUUUCAAUUGCA